AAAAGUGGCAUAGUCAUGAGAGUGAGUUAUGAGCUACUUCUCCUGUGUGCUUGGACACUGUGUCCUUGGCAACCGUCUGCCUAUCAAGCCCCUGAGGAUAAAGAGGACAUCUUCACCACCAGAGCAUGUCCCGCAUUCCUCGUGUUCGAGAGCGCCGCAUACGUGGCAGACAUGACCAUUGAGUUACCUUGUCGGUGUAAGCCAGAAGACGCACUCUCAGUAGUGUGGUACUACCAGAAAUAUCUGGGCACCCAGAACUCGCGGGUCCUCACUGACUUCGCGGGCACUGCAGUUCUGGACUCGUCCAAGGUGGGCAAAGACCUGGCACUGCGCUCCCGCUUCACCAUCCGCCUCUUCGGCCUUCUCAUCUUCAUGGUGCAGGAGAGCGAUUCGGGGUAUUACGUCUGCGGCACGCCCUCGGGGGAGUACUUCUACGGCUACGAGGUGGACGUUCAGCUCAUCCGACAUGUGCGCUUCAACAGGAGCCUUGUUCAGAGAAUCGGAGCACAGGAAGCCAGUACAGGGCAAACGAAGCCUUAUCGAGUGUUCACCAGCUACUGGCCCUGGUCCGUGUGCGACCGCUGCGAUGUAAGGGGCGAGCAGACGCGAGUAGGUCUCUGUUAUGUCAUGAGCCAGUACCUCCAGGUGCGGUACCUUCGCCAGUCAAGCAACGUGAUCUCUUGCGGCUCUGCGGCCGUUCCUCUGAGCUUCGGGCUGGCCGACGGGAGCCACGGGGCAGAGGUGGCCGUGCAAAGCUGCCAUGCUCCUUGUCUUCUGAGCCCCACCACCAGCCCCCAGCAACAGGCUCUGCUGGACUUCCUCGCUUACGCUGAACCAAACUCUCGGAGACAGCCCGUCUACUACCGCAACCACCCGGCAGAGACGGACCUCGUCCUCUCCUGUCCUGGUGCGACAGCCCAGCAGGUGGUGGCAUGGGACAAAGGUCCUGUUCCCCUUUACCGUUCUCACUACAUGGAGGGACAGAGGAAGAGCCAACGUGUGUUCAUAGACAGCAGACAGAACCUGCACUUCCAGCCUGCACACGUGCAAGACAAGGGCACGUAUUACUGCUGGCUCAGGGGCAGGAAGGUGGCAGAGAUCAGACUUGCCGUGUAUCCACACAUGGGCCAUCUACGCAGGAUCUCUGACCCGGUGUCUCUGUUUGCCCUCAGAACCAUCCUUAUUAGCUAUGCAUGCCUCACUGCUGUGUUUCUCCUCAUAAUAUCUGUUAGAUUUGUUUGUCACAUUAGCAAGGAACAAAGUACUUUGGAUUAAUUGGUCUAAAGAAAGAAGAGCUGCAGUAGUGGUGUUUCUGCUUUUUUUUCCUCUGUGAAAACAUGUAACAUUGCCCACCCUUUUUAGUAAACAUAUUUUCAUCAU